UUCCAAAACUCAAAACAAUUUGUUUCCAAAUGACACUUGUCAUCCACCAAGAAAAUUACACAAACCCAACAGUUUACCUUUUUCACAAUAUUCAGUAAAAAAAACAUUUAAUUACCCAUAAAUAAUUGUGUAAUGUUAAACAUGAGGCUGUCGAAAUUUGGAUUUAAUCUUUGUACAAAUUAUACCCGGCACCGCCCGUUCCAAGCGCCGCGCCGCGAGGUGACCAUCCCGCCGCGCGACAACGAGGGCGAGCUGCCCGACCUCCGCGACGUCAGUUCCGACAAUGAGCCCAAGCGCCCCAACCCCCGGCCUUACGCCUCCCCCAAGAUCCAGCAGAAACCCCCUAACAUCGACAAGAUAUAUCAAAAAGCCGUUCCGAUCACCCCCUUGACGGCCGCAGCUUCGUCUGCCGAUAACCUGGGUCCACUCCAUCAGCCACCUCCACCACCCCUGGGCUUGACUCGUCCUCUGGACCUGACACCACCGCCGCAGGUAGAAAAGGGUCCACAGGGUUCACGAGGUCCACGGGGUCCACAAGCUCCACGAAGUCCACAAAGUCCACAGAUCCACAAUAAUCCAACGAAGUUCGUAUCUAUGGCCGGAGAAGAACGUAUAGACCGUGAAAUUCCCCUCCACAACUACGACAACGAGGACUUAACGCUCGGCCCUAUGAGCCCCAUGAACGUGACAGCGGUAGACGCUGACUUUGACCCAAAAUCUGUACCACAAAUUCCCCUCGCCUCUUCAAAUCCGAAUAUAACUGCUCAAGAUUUCGAAGGUGUUCCUUUAACAUCAGCUUCUAACCGCCCGGCUGUCAAUGUUGAGACGUUAGGUGGUGCUCCCGGUCACAGUUACCGAGCAGCAGUUCCAACAGAUACAAAAAACUAUCCUACAACACGACCGAUUCUUCCGCGCGAUCUCGAACAAGUUACAUCAGAGACACCGGUUGCUACUCCUAGUAUGGCAACUCCUAGCGACAGCAGCCCUUUCACUCGAACGCCUCCUCAGAAAACACCUUGGGAACGAUCCAUGUCGACCUUCGAGAGCUGCAGAAUAGAGGAUCGCGUAGAGCUGGAACCUACUUUAGCUAUUGCAGAUCCUUUUAGCCGUACGGCGUCUGGAUUUGGAGACCUGUCGCCUUCUUGUAGCUGGUCUGAGCCUCUGACGUCUGUGAUCAUGCCUGCUGAAGUCAGACCGAGCAAGAAGGAGGCUUGUAGUGGAGAGAAAGCGCCUCCGGCGAUGAAGGAGGCUCCCAAAGCAGCCUCGGGAGGAGAGGCGAAAGCGGCAGCUCCAAGCAAAGGGCCACCGAAAGCUGCAGGUGGUGGGGCUACUGGAAGGAUUAUAGCUGUGAUCGGCGCUGUAGUUGAUGUGCAAUUCGACAAGGGCCUCCCGCUGAUUCUCAAUGCUCUUGAAGUACCCGGAAGAACCCCGAGGCUCAUCCUCGAAGUGUCUCAGCACCUGGGUGACAACGCGGUCCGGACCAUCGCCAUGGACGGUACCGAGGGUCUGGUCCGGGGACAGGAAAUCAUAGACACCGGUGCGCCGAUCACCAUACCUGUGGGCGCUCCCACACUUGGACGAAUCAUUAAUGUCAUUGGGGAACCUAUUGAUGAGCGAGGCCCCAUAGAGACUGACGUUUUUGCGCCCAUACACGCGGACGCUCCACCCUUCGUGGAGAUGUCGGUUGAGCAGGAGAUCCUCGCCACCGGCAUCAAGGUGGUGGACCUACUGGCGCCUUACGUCAAAGGUGGGAAAAUCGGUCUUUUCGGCGGCGCCGGCGUUGGCAAGACGGUGCUCAUCAUGGAGCUGAUCAAUAACGUGGCCAAGGCGCAUGGUGGCUUCUCUGUGUUUGCCGGCGUGGGGGAGCGCACCCGAGAGGGCAACGACCUUUACAACGAGAUGAAAGUGGGCGGGGUCAUCAAGGAUGACUACAAGUCGUCGAAGGUGGCGCUGGUAUACGGACAGAUGAACGAGCCACCCGGCGCACGCGCGCGUGUCGCCCUCACCGGGUUGACCCUCGCCGAACACUUCCGUGACAAAGAGGGACAGGACGUGCUGCUGUUCAUCGACAACAUCUUCCGUUUCACCCAGGCCGGCUCCGAGGUAUCGGCGCUUUUGGGCCGUAUUCCAUCUGCUGUGGGCUACCAGCCGACGCUAGCUACCGACAUGGGUACCAUGCAAGAGCGUAUCACCACAACUAAGGCAGGAUCUAUCACCAGCGUGCAGGCUGUGUACGUGCCAGCGGACGACCUAACCGACCCCGCCCCAGCAACCACCUUCGCCCAUCUAGAUGCCACGACGGUGCUGUCGCGCGCCAUCGCCGAGCUCGGCGUGUACCCCGCCGUGGACCCGCUGGAUUCCACCUCCAGAGUCAUGGAUCCGAAUAUCAUCGGGGCUGAGCAUUAUGGAGUUGCGCGCGGCGUGCAGAAGAUAUUACAGGACUACAAGUCGCUGCAGGACAUCAUCGCUAUCCUGGGCAUGGACGAGCUGUCUGAAGACGACAAGCUGACUGUGGCGCGGGCGCGCAAGAUCCAGCGGUUCCUGUCCCAGCCCUUCCAGGUGGCUGAGGUAUUCACGGGGCACAUUGGCAAGCUGGUGAAGCUAGAGGAGACGAUCAAGGGAUUUCAGAGAAUCCUGGGAGGAGAGCUGGACCACAUUCCAGAAGCAGCAUUUUACAUGGUCGGCACCAUCGAGGACGUCAUUGCCAAGUCGCAGGAGCUCGCCAAGAACGUCUAGCGGCCGACAGAUGCCGCGAUUUAUAUAGUUUGUAAGAUUAUAGGACCGUCCACAUCUGUGGAAUGCGCCGCAAGAGCGAAAAGGGCGAGGAAUAGAGCUAAUAGACGGGCGUACCUAAGCGAGACCUUGAUCCAAUCCAACACUCAUAGCCGCGUCCUUAACGGACGUACGGCGAACCAUCUUCGAUUUGAUCGAACAAGCCUCGAACCGUGUCAAAAUUGCGGUCUGAUACGACCGUUUAUUAGUGCUUUUACUAUACACGCAACCAUAAAGGCUUCUACAAAUGUCACCGAUAAUUGCAUGCGAUUUGCGAUAUAUUGCGGCCAUUGUUCGAUCGAUUGAUUUAAUUCCGCCUACUGAGCUGGCAAUUAUUUAAACUCGCAUGCCAUUUGUUGCAACGGGUGUAGAGGCUUUAAAGUAAAGUAGAGUCAGAACCAAGCUAAGUUGGCAGCAAUUUUGGUAGCCCAGUCUGUGCAAGUGUUAAGUAAACGUCAUAAUUACAUAGUUGUUUGAUGUGUAACAACGCUGGCCCUGUCUAGGCUAUCAACAUCGCUGCCAACUUAUCUUGGUCUGACUACUACAUAAUGGUCGCAAAAAGGCGUAUUCGCCAGAUCAGGACGCUCCUUAAGAAUUAGCACAACUGGUUUUAUUUUGUUAUGACAGAAAGUUGCGUUAAUUCUAUUCAAUAUAUUAUUACUUAUUAAAUUAUUCUAACAUUUCA